ACAUUCGUUUCUUUUGAUUGCCCCAAAACCAACACGCGAAUUCACUUUAGCUCUCUAUUCUUCCUGCAAAUUUCGAAAAUUGCAGAUUUAGGCAUUGCGCAGCUACGGUAAGAAGGAGUUGAGAAUUCGAUCUCUCCCUGAAUUAUGGAUUCUGUAUCGUCGGUGUCGCCACCUAUUGUGCUCCCCCUCCGCCAUCACAACCACCGCCACGACCGGCGCCUGGUGGGUGUGCCUUUUACAUGCAGCAGAGCAUCUAUCAAUCAGUUGCGUAUUUCGGCUGAAUUUCGCAGAGGGAAACGGAACGCGAGAGUUUAUUGUAAACUGAGCGGAGAUGAUGAGCGCGACGCGGAAAAUGAUCGGAGAGAUGAGGAAUUGGAUAGAGCGAUGCGGAUGGAUGGUACGAUUCCAGGAACUCCCGAUGCGUUGGUGAGACAGGUUUCCUCGCGCGCUUAUGAUAUGCGCAGGCAUCUGCAGCAGAGCUUUGAUAGCAGUAGCUACGACGUAUUGGAUGCCAACCCUUGGCGAGAGUCUUCAAAAUCUGUGUAUGUCCUGACUCACCAAGAGAACCAGCUAUGUACUAUGAAAACUCGUAGAAACCGCAGUGAAGUUGAAAGGGAGCUCGGGAUUCUGUUUUCCAAAGGAGGGAAGUGGAGAAACCAGUCGAAGCAAUCAGGCCCCAGCAACAAAUUCCAGAUGCUCGUUGAGGAUGUCCGAGAGGGUGUCCUAGUAUUCGAAGACCAAAAUGAUGCUGCAAAGUACUGCGAUCUGCUUCAAGGAGGAGGACAAGAUUGCGAAGGUGUUGCAGAGAUAGAUGCCUCAUCAGUCUUCGAUUUGUGCCGGAGGAACCGGGCUCUGGCUGUUUUGUUCCGCAGGGGCAGGACACCUCCUUUACCGGAAAGCCUCAAACUUAAUCUUGCAGCACGAAAGCGAUCCCUCGAAGACCAAGAGGACUUGGCUUGAAGAUUUGGGAGUGCCUGAAAACCUGUCAAGAUUGAAUGCUAUAUAGCAAAAUCUGGUAAACAUUUAUAUUCUUUACAAGAACAUUACAACACAAAUUGGAUAUAAAUGACAAUAUGUAUAGGUGGUUCUAUUAUUACACAUACAUAUUCUCCCUUGGUUA